AUGUAUGUUUCGUCCCAACGGAAGCGAAAAAAAACCCUGUCGGAUGCCCCGCCUACGAACUUCCUAGGUGCGCUGCCCAAAAAUCACCACUAUUUCACCGACCAUCGCGACGACAACAUCCGAGGAAAGCAGCAGCAGCAACGGAAGAAGAAGCAACCGACCGAAACCUAUAGAAGAAUUAGAUCUUCAGCCUUUCUCAAGGCUUCCGAUCCGGCGAAUCAACCCGCAUCCGACUACGAUCCCCGACGAGAGCUCCACCCGUUCAGCCAAUUGGUUCCGGGCUCAGAAGCUCCCGAAUAUACAGGCCACCGCAACUUAGUCUUUGUUCCCAGACUGAACAAUGUAUCCUUAAUCGGCGAUCAAGGCAAGGACAUCAAUAUCACAAUCGUGGAUAUUAUGGAUUACGUGGGGGAAUCGGUCCGCCCUAUUAGGGAGGGACAUGCUGUGUUUGCAGCAAAUCACAUUAUUUGUAUCGGUUGGAGGAAUAAUCAAAACAACAUACUAUCCAUCGAAGCGUAUGUGAACCAGUCAUCGAACCCCGGAAACACCCCUCACAAAAUUAACUUAAAAAUUGGAGGAAGCACUUCCGACUGGAUACUACUUUGUUCCUGCAAAGCAGGAACAAAUAAAUGCAAACAUAUUAUUGCAUGCCUGCUACAUAUAGAACGAUUUCGGAAGCUGGAGUACUUAUCCUGCACAGAUGUGAGACAGGCUUGGGGAAUAUCGAAAUCCCAAAAAAACAAAACAUGGGGAGCCAAACGUGUAGCAGAUUUAUGUUGCGUCAAGAAGCGCAACAUAAAAGAGGUGUACAGUGGAAGUGACGAUACACAGGAAAUACUGGCAGAUUCUUAUAAAAGAAUUCUUAGUGUUGCCAGUGGAUCCGCCUUAGCAAAACAUCUUAGUGGAAGAUUCAUGAAUCCACUAAAACUGCAUCCGAACAGGGCACUGCAACUUGAUAGUGAAUGCGAAUCCGAUAACUAUUGCUCGACAAAAGAAGUGUCUGAAUGCUUGACGAGAAAAACCUGUUACAUUCAAACAGGACCUGUUCGUUUUGAUUCACAAUUGGAAGCAGAAUAUUUCAAGAAGCACGUAGAGGUCAACUUGGAUAAAUCCAUCGCUAUAGCUUUUGCCACAAAGAAACAAAAUACGAACGAAUGGAAAAUUGAACGAUCAGUUAGAAUAACUGCCAGCAACUGUUACUCGUUGUUCACCAACAUGAGAAACAAAUCUCCAAACUGGGAUCAGAAAAUAAAUCAGUAUUGUAGCAUGCGGUCUUUGAACGUUACAUCCACUAGGUAUGGCAAAGAAACUGAAUUGUUGGCGUUUAACUGUUACAAAAGAAAAAGGAACCCCCUGAUGAAACACUGCGGACUGAUUAUUCACCCCGAAGAAUCCUGGUUUGGAGCGUCGCCGGAUGGAAUAGAUGCUCUUGGGAAUGUGGUGCUUGAAAUAAAAUGUCCAGGAACCCCGGACAUGUCACAUAAGAUCCUUGGCACACCGAAUGUUAGGAAAUAUAUCAAGCAGCAAGGCAACAUUUUUACACUAUGUCAAAAUCAUCAAUAUUAUUGCCAGGUUCAAUUGAACAUGUGGAUCUUGAAUUGUAGAAUCGCAGAUUUAGUCGUUUAUUCGAAAAAAGACGACGAUUUUCUUGUAAUUGAAGUCCCCUUCGAUCAAGCGUUUGUUGAAAAUAUGGUUAAAAGCUUAAAAACCUUGUAUUUUAAUAAAAUGAUCAAAAAGUCGUUAACUUGA